AUGGAGAGCCCAGAAUCUCGACCUCCCAUACCGGCUAGACAAACAUCGACCGAUCAGGGAGAAACUUCUACACCGCCCAUGUCUCUCCCCGUAGACUCUGAGGGGCAGCAAGAUGGACCUGAUGUUUUCGAGCGGCGAGGCUCUGCAGAUUCUGGUGGCGGAGAUACCCAGGCAGACGAGGGAUUUGUGCUCUCGAGGAGUGUACAAGAUCCCUCCGAAGAGCUUCCCAUAGAGCUGAUUAGCUUGACAGAUCGGUUCGUCAACUCGCUCAGCGCAAAAGUACACAACUCGCCACCGACGAUCGAUAAAAUAUCCUCCCUCUUCCAAGUCUUCUACGAUCGCGCCGAAUCCCACAUUGCUACACACAUAUCUACUCUUGCCUCUCGUAUCAAUCGUGACCCGGCUCCUCAGGUUACUUCAAAGUUGAGAGGUGGUGCACUUUCAAAAUUGAGCAACAAGAUAUCCCAGGAUGAUGUUCGACAAGGAUCUAGUGGUCGACAGAUGUUGACAGCUUCGGAAGUUGCCGAGAGGCGGAAAGCACGUAAAGCUCUGGAGUAUAAACGAGCUGCGCUUGAAGAGGCUGCGGAGAGAAGAGUCUGUGAAAUGGUAUAUGCCAAAGUUUGGAGACAUAAAACUACCCUGGACGAUGUUCGAGAUGAGAAGUUGCGUUCAAAGACUGCGGCUUUGUUGCUGGUGGGUAUCAAUUUGAAAGACUUGGGUAUCGAUAUCGACUUAUCAACAAUCGAGGAAGCAAAGCAACAGGAAGCAAACGAUUGCUUAGGCCAGGCCAGAGACUUUUUGGAAAAAAUGAACGAGUACAAAUAUCCUCUCGGUAAACUUCAACAAUUAGCGGCAGCGCACAAAGCUAUUGUUGAUGCCCUAACGAAACUUUUGCCAUCAUCAUCGUCUGCAGAUGAAAUCCUCCCAACUUUGAUCUAUACACUUAUCACUAGCCCACCCGAUGGAAUCAACGUUAUUAGCAACUUGCUCUUCAUCCAACGGUUCAGAUCUGCCAACAGAAUCGAUGGUGAAACUGCCUAUUGUUUGACCAAUCUCGAAGCAGCUAUCAGCUUCCUGGAGAAUGUCGAGUUGUCCAGUCUGCGCGCAGAUGAACAACAGGAAGGACCUAUUAAAACCCCCAGCGAGACCGCAACUCCCUCCUCCGAGCGCCUUGAUCCAUUCAAACCAACCAAAGAAAGUACAACCUUGUCCGUAACAACAGUCUCUGCAUCGCCUGAAAUAUCCAAGCCGGAAUACAAAGAGCCAGCAUCUGCUACUCUGCCUCGGCCUCGGCCCUCGCCCACACCCCAACAAAGACGACUUAGCAACUUGUUCCAACCACCCGCAAAGGUUUUCGAAGCAGCAAAUGAUGCAGUUCGCACGACAGCCGACCAAAGUCUCAAGAACAUCGGUACUUCACUAGACAAUUCUUUCAAUUUUCUGUUUGGUCGUCUCAAGGAACUACAAAAUCAAAUUCCCAAUUCCCAAGGUGGACCUAAUUUGCCCAAGACUCUAGCCGAGGCCCGUCGUUUCGUUGCCCAGCCACUCGCCAGUAAACAAAUCCAAGAUGACAUCUCAUCGAUCAAUUCAGUCCCAUCCGACGACGGUGUCCAAACACGAAGCAGUUCAAGAGCCACAGGUCUAACAGCUGGAACAUUCACUCCUCGUGAUCGAAGCACAGACAGCGCAAGAACACAAGCAAGCGGCAGACGAUCCAUUGCCCCAUCUCUCCGCGAUGAACCCCUUCAAAGUCCGUCCUCAGCAAACCCCCAGAAUCCACUAGAGUCAAUGCGAAAUUUCGGAAACUCACUAAACCCUCUCAAUCACAUUCCGGGAAUGAUCAAAAAUUUUGGUCGUAACACUCCCAAUGCCCCGUCUACUCCAGACACUCCCAACCCCAAUACAAGACCGCUUUCCCCUGCAGCGAUGGAUCGUCUAAGGAUCUCGCCCAGUUCAAUUGAGAUAAAGAGUUCGCCAGCAAGUCCGCUGCCUCUACAGAAGAUUGAUCCUCCUAUUCAACGCUUCCUUGAUACGCAGAAUGCGAGUGAUUUACGUCUUGGAGAUGUCGCUAUCCUGCUAGAGGACUACAAGCGACUUGCAGCUGCAUUACAAAAAUCUGCGGCUGGAUCUCGCUGA